AUGGAGACAAAUCAGAAUGCAAAUGCUGAUGAAGAUGUCGAUUCAACUGCUAAUAACGCACCAGCUGAAUCAAGUUCUUUUAGCAUCUCAAACACUAAUUUAUAUACAAGUAGAACAGAAGAACUUUACGAUGAUGAUUCGUGCACACCAAUAGUAGAUGACAAUUUGAAACCAGUCAAGGGUACUAUAUUUAAGACUAUAGAAGAAGCUAUACAAAUGUACGAAAAGUAUGCCUAUGAAGCUGGAUUUGAUACCAAACUAUCAACCCAAAGAAGGUUAAAAAGUGGUAAGGUUAAAACCAAGUACAUUUGGUGUAGUAAAUCUGAAAAGAGUCAAGAUGUUAGUAUGGAUACAUUAAAUUCAGAAGAAAAAGAACGUAGAUCAUCAACAAUGGUUACAGGUUGCAAAGCUCAUGUUUUUUUCAAAAUUGUCGAACACAACGGAAAAUAUGAGUUAACAGAAUUUGUAGAGAAACACAAUCACAAGAUGAAUGCAGGAGAAUAUAGAUACCUUUCAAAGAAACAUAGAAAACUGGGCAUAUCCGAAAUAAAUUUUAUUCAGAAGGUUUCAACUUCCGACAUAGGACCAACUAGAGCUCAUCACAUCUAUAGUAACCUCGUAGGAUCUCAGAAAAACACACAUGGAACGGUGAACAACAAUGAGCUUGCUGGAUUAUUUUGGGCUGAUGAGAUUGCGAGACAGAAUUACAUAGAAUUUGGAGAUAUCAUCUCAUUCGAUGCCACAUACAGAACAAACAGGUACAAUAUGAUAUUCGUACCUUUUACAGCCAUAGACAACCACAAGAAGACAGUUUCUAUUGGAGCAGGAAUGAUAAUCAACGAAACAGCGGAAUCUUACGAAUGGUUACUGAGGGCAUUCUUAGGUGCAUUUGUUGAACAACCUAGGAUGGUUGUGACUGACCAAGAUGUAUCAAUGAAGAAGGCAAUUGCAACAGAUUUCCCAGAUUCACGACAUAGACUGUGUAUGCGGCAUAUAACUUAA